AUGAUGGCAUCUCUCGGUAGCACCAUGAGCGUUCCGCGCGCAGGGAACUAUCCAAUCGAAAGCAACCCUGGCUUUCCGAGCUCUGUUGAGCACAUCCACAAGCGAGCUUCCAAGGACCUCGGUCUUCCUGACGAUACGCUGAAGACAAAUUGUCUGUCUGUUGGAUUCCUCCCUUCUGAAGGCGACUCUGCUUCCCCGCGUUACACGAUGGCCCAGAUCAAUGAGAAGUUGGGUGCUAAGGCGAGCACGUAUGGGUGGUACGCGCAAAUCACAUCUUCCGGCUUCGAUGGCAGCCAGCUGCUCGCCGUGAAAGAGGACAUCGUCGCCUCGGGUGCCGUCUUCGUCGCUUCCGUCAUGCCCUCCGUGAAUUUCAAUCAGGUCACUCCGGACAUCGCAAACCAAGUUGCCUCCGUAAUGAAGCAGUUCACCGACGCCGGCGUAACAGUCUGGCUCCGCUACGCCCACGAAAUGAACUGGUACGCCACAGACGGCACCUACCACGGCACAUCCCCCGACUUCGUCACCUCCUGGAAAAACAUCUACAAUGCUGCGUGCAAAGAUAACGCCAAGGUGUCCUGCUUCUGGAGUCCCAACCAGGCCGGCAGCGCAUCGGAUCUGCAGCCGUGGUGGCCCGGCGAGGAGUACGUCGAUCUCGUGGGCAUCGAUUGCUACCCUCGGACUGGUGACGACACGUCUUCGAACGAGCUGUUCGACCGCCUGUACGGCAGCUUCUACGACGCCUACAGCAAGCCGUACGAUCUGCCCUUCGCGAUUGGCGAGACGGGCGCAGGCACGGGACAGAAGGAGCAGUGGCUCAAGACACUGGUAUCGCAGGAUAAGACCAAGUAUCCCAACUACGUCAGCAUGUCGUGGUUCGAGUUCGACAAAGAGGCGGACUUCAGGAUCGUGAUGACGGACGAUGCGACGCUGAAGCAGACUAAAGAAAUUCUACUGUCUGGAGGCAAUGACUCGUGUGGGGGAAGUGGGAGUGGGAAUGGGACGGCACCGGUGGAAACUAGCACUCCGACUGCAGUGCCGAGUGUUACGUCUAAGCCUGUUUCGAGCGGGACGUCGACCAGUGCAGCGAAGCCGACGAACUCGGGGGCUGGGUGCGAGUGGGGGUAA